AAAGUUGCUAAAAUUUUGGAUAUUUUGCUGUCAUAAAUUUCAUGCCUAUGUUUGUGGCUCGUGGGUAAUCGUGGUGAGAAUAACAAGACCAUUACGUUUAUGGUCUACUGACGUGAUCAUCAGGAUCAUCAACAUCGGAUGGCACAUCAUAGCGGCAGCAUAGUUGAAAGCAGCUGGCCUUGCCGGUACGGUCUGGCAUGUGUACACGUCUGACGGCAGAUGUUACUUUGACCUUUUAUACUCACAGCUCGCAUAGGCCCAGUCAACAAAACAAUUGCAUUUCCUUUCAACUGAUUUUUUGACUAACGUGAUCGGUUCGUGGUGAGUCAUGUACACUUUCUCCAUGGUCGGUGUUCAACAACAUUCAACGGAGAUGGCUGCACACAAACAUCCCCGGCUAGGCCCACUGGUUAUGGGCCAAUAUCUGGUGACAUACAAUGUCCAAAGAAGUUGAAAUGAAAUCACCGAAUACCCCAAUGGAUACACCACCGGUUAAAACUGUGCUGCCGACGGGUCGCGAACGGGCACGAUUGAGAUGGGUGACCGUGGAGCCGAUCUACGUGCUGGCGAUGAUUGGCAACACCUGCACGGCCCUCGUCAGGCCGCUCUACGUGAAGGAUGUAAUCAGCGAGUCUUACAACUACAACGAGACUAGCGACAACCAUACCAAGUGUGGCGCCGACCAGCCAAGUAACGGUACUUCGCUCAGCGACAAGAUACAAGCAGAGUCCGCCAUGUGGUUGUUGUAUCUCGCCGCUGCCUCUGGAGUUCCUGCCAUGCUUAGCACCAUCAUCUUCGGCUCUACCAGCGACAGACUCGGCAGGAAGCUGACGAUGGCUAUACCACUCAGCGCCUUCGCCAUCCAAGCUGCAGUGUACCUCUUCACGGUUAUCUUCAAGCUUCCUCUGGCCGUCCUCUUUACGGGCGAAGUCCUCCAAGGGCUGGCCGGCGGGUACGGACUCCUUUUCUCCUCCACCAACGCCUACCUGGCAGAUGCCACCUCGGAAAAACAGAGAACUAUCCGGAUCGUGGUCGCCGACAUGCUGCAGUAUCUCAGUGGAGGGUUGAAUCAACUAGGACAAGGCUAUCUGAUCAAAGUCGGUUAUAUCCCGUCCUUGGCGAUUGCAAUUGGGAGUAAUGUUGCUGCCCUGGUCUAUAUUGCAAUCCCACUCUGCCUGAUUGAGACCGUGGAAAGAGGUAGCAUAGAACACCAGGGAUUGCGGCAGGUUUGGCGGAGUAUGAAGAGGCUGGUAAUGUACAACGUGAACGGUCGGCGAUGGCAGAUGAUUCUUCUGACCCUGUACGUCUACUUCUGCAUCGGGCAGUUCAUCGGUGUCUCGGCCAUCUACGUGCUCUACGGUACCGGCAAGCCCUUCUGCUGGUUGUCUGAAACUGCUGGACUCGCCUCGUCACUUAUAUGGAUUUCUCUGGCUAUUGGUAUGCUGGUUGGUACCAAACUCUUCUCACUGUGUCUGGGAGACUACUGGCUGAUGCAGAUUAGCUGCCUCAGUUUUAUGGCCUCCUACCUCAUCAUGGGAUUAGCGAAGUCCACAGCGGUCCUCUACAUUGGAACUUUUGUGGGCUGUCUUCGACUGAUGUCUCUCUCGGUUGCACGGUCGGUCCUCUCAAAGAUAUCCCACCCAGACGAGAUAGGUGCAAUGUUGUCAAUCAUCGCGUGCAUGGAAAGCAUCUCAUUCACAUCCAGUCUACUGUCGACAAGUCUGUACGCGGCCACCGUAUCCUUCCUACCGCCACUGACCUUCUUUGUGUAUUCCAGUAUUACCGUUAUUCCCGCAGGAAUGACACUGGCUUUGCAGAUUUUCUGGCCUCCGAGGAAAACUUACGUUGAAUUCGAAAACCCGGUUGAGGACAAGUAACUGCUGCAGCUUUUUGAUAAUGGAAGUUGCACAAGGUGACCGUUCCUUUCAUUGAUGAAUUAUUGCGGCUGGUUCAUUUGCCAAUGGAAUUAAACCAAAAGAUAAGUGAACAAUAUAUUUCUGUGAUGUUGAAACUUAAGCUAUAUGCAUUGUUGAAGUGAGUUCAUCACAAUUUCACUCCCAAGUCCAGUCACAAUAUGAGUGGACAUUAAACGGGCAAUGUCUGGUCACAGCUCGUUUGAAUAGCGUGUGGUUGAUGACUUGUAAAUAGACGUAUGAGAACUUGGGACUCGACUACACCUCUGGUGAUAUGUGGAGGAACUUCGAAUGCUCAAAUGCAUAAUGACGUGUCAUGAAAUGAAUGCUCGAUUCAAGUCAUCAUAAUUAUGUUUGCAUUUUUAUUUCAUAAAUUGAAAGGCUAUAUGUAGGUUUUGGUGUUCGGAUGAAUACUUUGAAGAGGUGUGCUACUACAUGUCUACACAUUAAGCCGCAUAAAUAGCAAAGUGUAUAGAAUAAAACAGGAUGAACAUCAGAAAUUACUAACAUUUAAGCAGUACUAUCGUUUUUCAAAGGACAUUUUCGAUUGAAUAUUUCGCAGGUAUUUAUAAUGUUAUUCAUUGGAAAUGUUGAAAAACUAAUUUAUAUAUGAAAUAUGUCAUGUUAACGUUAUUCCUAUGAAUAGAGGUCUUUCAAUCACUACACCUACAAAAUUAAUGUUUCUAUGUUUUCUAUAUUCAUGUCAAUAACAUAUUUACAGAUAUAUUAACUCAUGUAAAUGUCAUAUUUCCUAAAUUGAAAGAAAGUUUGGUUCAAUUAAACCAUGACAAAAAUACACGUGGUUACCCGUUUCAUGGUUUCGAAUGCUGUAAAACGUGUUUGUAUCGUUAGCCUAUAAUUUUGUUUUUACAUUUCCAGCGACUUCAAUUGCCUUCAAAAAAAGUUCGUGUCACCUGCAAGUAAAUAACAAAACAAUCCGGGAACCAAAAUUAAGACAAAUCCUUGUAUCCGACAUUUGCUGCAUAUUUGUGAUCUACGUGUACAUGUAUAUGUAACAUUUGUGGAGACUGAGACAAUAUAUAAUGGCGCAGAAACUCUCACCAAGUAGGCCAAUUUAGCGACAUAUAGUACAAUGUUUGUCAAUUGUCCAUUGAUGUGAGGUACAAACUCAGAGAGAGAGUUCAACAUAAGUUAUCAUUCGAGAGUUAGCUAGCUGUGUAGUGCCAAAGUGCAAUAUGUGAUUCAAUUAGGAUCCAUGAUCAUUACACUGUACCGUGUCUCCAUUAUACGUGUUUCAAAAUUAGACCCACUCACUCUGGACUAAAAAUACAAACAUAACAGCGUAAUAAUAUCUGAAAUGAUUACAUUGUUAUUAUGUAAACCAACCAGUUCAUUUCUGCGUGAACCUAUGCCUAUUGUAGGGAAAUAGUUUGGUGAACCUGUGCCUGUAAUUAUGUAGGCCCAGUUCUGGUAUCGAUAUAAGCAACGUUCAAGGGUAAGCUUAAACUAUUCUUAUGUGAAGUUAUAUUUAGUUAUAAGCGUUUUGUGUAUCAAUGUUUAACCUACGAUGUAG